AUGAAUCCAGUAGUUGCAAGAAAGGGUGGUAAUAAUUGGAAUUCUAAAUGGUGUAUUUUGAUGGCAGGAUCAUCAACAUCUCCUGCUUGUCUUUACAAGUAUGAUUCCAAAGGAGAUACUAAACAUCCAAAAAUAUUGGACUUACAUAAAUUAUCAAAAGUAGAGAAAUAUAGAGAUAGUAAAAUAACAUUUGAAGUAGUGAUUAAAUCUGAUAAUCAUUUUUUUAAAUGUGAAAAUGAAACAGAGCAAGAAUCAUGGAUUCAAGCAUUUGCACAGAUCUUGCAGUCAAGAGACAGGUGUUCCAAGGCCAAUACAGUUAGUGGUGGAGAUUUGAUUGUUGAGGAUAAUUUUUUGUACAAUUCUGUAGAUGACACUCAAUUAUUUAAAGUUAAAGUGAAUGAAAAUGAUGAUUCUAAAAGAAUUGGAUUAAAACCGGAUACAGACUACUAUCUGGCAGUGUUCCUUACUUAUAUAGCUCUUCUAGAUUCUACAAAAAAACAAUUAUAUCAGUGGUCUUAUGAGCAUAUUAAGAGUUUCGGUCGCCUGCCAGACACAUUCCAAAUACAGUCUGGAAGACGCACUAGCACUGGAAACGGGGUAUUUUCCUUUAAUACGACUGAAGGUGACUUAAUUUAUGAAUCAGUACAUAAACAGACGAAAACAAUGAGAUCAUACAAUUCAAAUGAAUCCAUAAACACUGCCCGAUCAUCUCCACAGCCUUCUCAGAAUGAACAAUCAAAAUCACUAAAUCCUUCACACUUAUCUAAAUCAAUGUCUUUCAAAGCUUCUCAUGAAGCCAAAGAAGAAAAAUCACAUCUUUCUAAGUCUGUUAAUGAUGAAACUUCACAUUCAAUACAUGUUAAUAAUGACAACUUGAAGAAAAACUUUGAACAAAACUUAAAACAGGUAUUGAUAAAACAACACAGCAUAGGAGAAGAGUCGAAUAAACAGGUCUUUAAAGGAAGCACAGAGAGCCAAGUUGGCACAAAGAGCUUGAAAAGGGAAAAAGAAAAGGAAAGAAAACAAAGAGAAAAGAAACAAAAAGAAGAGCAGAAAGAAAAGGAGAGAAGGGCAAAGGAAGAAGCAAAGAAACAAGAGAAAGAGAAAAAAGCUCGAGAGAAAGAAAUGAAGAAGAAUAAAGGGAUGAAUUCACGACCCAAGUCACAAAGUCAUUUAUAUUGUAAUCCUGGGAACGCCUAUGAAGAGGUAGAUGAUGUAAGAAUGCCUAGUAUAGAUUCAGCUAGUGCAUAUGCACUGCCCCAGGACAAUAUACCAACAUCAAAACUAUCUGUAGAAAAUCAUUAUGCUGAGCCGGAUAAUAUACAAGGUGCUAGAAAAAGCACUGAAAAACCCAGUAUGUAUGAAACAGCAGAUCAGGAGAGAUCUGAAGCUUGGCGCCAAUUUGGGAGGGACACAGACAACUUGCAUGAAGAAGAUUAUGAGAAUAUUAGAAUUGCAGCAAAAAAUCCUGAAAUCAUUGAAGGUGAUUAUGACAUGCCAGAAGAACUUUGUCCAAAUGCGCCUUCCAUACCAACUGAUGUUGAUGAUGAGACUUAUGACCAUAUUUCAUCUUUUGAUUUCAAGCCAUCACGUAAAUCUGGUAUUGCCAGACCUGAGAGCGAGGUGGAUGAGAAUAUUUAUGGAGAUAAUUCUGGAACAAAGAUUGAAACUCGCCAAACUGCUAGUUCCAGUGAAUAUGAAGAAGCCUCCACUGUACAAGUUAAAAGUCUCCAAAUAUAA